CCUUAAGUAUCUACCUACCUAACCUAGUCAGAUAGACUGUAAUAGCAAUUGUGCCAACAGGAGGUACGCUUUUGGCGCAAGGGGUUGUACCUGAGAAAUCCCUUGACUAUCGCCGAUAGGCGCUUAUGCCAACGCCCGGGUGGCGAUGCUUACAACCGACAACAUUGUAGUAGGUAGCACUAUUUGACGAAUCAAGUCUCGGCAGCAUCCUGUGCAGUGAUAUGUCAAUCGCCCCCGCAUCGCUUACUGGCUAUAUAAAGUCAGCCAGCUCCCUCGUAAGACGAUAGAAGACCAAGCGUUGCUACGAAACUCACUCUGUAUACAAUAUUUAUCAAGGGCAUCAACCUCUACCUAACAGAUCUUUAGAACCAUGUCGAACCCGUCGCUCGAUGUCUUGGAGGAGCUGUCCAAGAAGCUCUCAGAACAUAUUCGGGAAUUAUGUACCACUAACAGCGAUGGAAUUGCCAUUAGGCGAGAGGCGACGGGAAUCGCGAGAAGAUUGGUAGAUGAACUGAUAGACCCCGAGGAGUGGGCUGCUGAGCAAACCGUCGCACUCGGGGAAUGUGCUGCUAUUCGCAUGUUUAUGAAGUGGGGGUUCUUCGACAAGAUUCCUCUGGGAGGCAGUGUCUCAUAUAGAGAGCUGGCAGGGCUGAUCGGAGCUCAAGAGGCCCUGGUUUUCCGGCUGGGUCAAAUGCUUGUCUCCACCGGUAUGCUUGUGUCGCCGAUGCCCAACAGCGUUGCGCACUCACGCUUAUCGCCAUUAUUCAAGAGCGGCGAUCGCGAAGGUUGCUGGUUCGCUAUGCUCUGGGACGACUGCCAGCCCGGACUCGCCAAACUGCCGGAAUUCUUCGAAAAGUAUGGUCCCCGCGAACCCGUUGAUAAAACGCUACCCCUGAGCUUCGGCCUUAGUGGUGAUGGCCAAUUGGACCCUUGGGAAUUGGUAGCGCAACGGGGCACAGAGCAUAUCGAACAGUUUGGACAUGCCAUGCAAGCCAUGCCUACUUACGCAUGGCCAUAUACUGGCGCUUAUGAUUUCGAAUGGGUUGCGAAAUACGCAGUCACAAAUUCGGAGAGGCCUUUGAUUGUCGAUGUCGGAGGUAGUUAUGGGCACGCACUCCGCGUACAUUUAACCAAGUUCCCUGGUAUACCACCAAGCCGGUGCGUAGUUGAGGACCGCGCAGAAAUGAUCCUUAAUGUCAAGAAAGAGCACGAAAAUGACACGAUCAUGAAAUACGUAACGAAAGUUCCAACAGAUUUCCAUAAAGAACAACCAGUUAAGGGUGCUCUUGUGUAUCUCAUUCGGCGCUGCCUCCACAAUUACAACGACGAAGUAUGUGUUAAUAUACUGCGUAUACUAGCUGACUCGCUUCCGGAUGACGAACCGGAGGCAAGAGUUCUGAUCAACGAGCAAAUCAUGACAGACCCCCCUCAUCGAUUCGUUGCUAGCAUAGACUUGACUAUGUUGACUAUGGCUGCUCGGGUACGGUCAGAGCAGCAGUUUGAGAAGCUUGCCAACCAGGCUGGUCUAAUCUUGGUUACAGUCCACAAACAAGAGAAUACCACCAUGGGUGUUGUAGAGUGCAAGAAAGGCUCACCGAUGGCCUGAACUGAGUCUCAAUUCGAAUUGUCUGGUGGUCACCCAAUAAUCAUUGCAUUUGGAAUGCUAAAUUCUCUUUAUGGUGCUUGUUUUUAUCGUGGUCUUGACUUUGAGGCCUAUUAUGAUUCAAAGGUGUUUUUUUCAUUUUCAUUUUUCCUCGUCUUCUAAGCUCCGACGGUUUUAUUCAUUCUUUGGAUAUUAUUAGCCGCACAUGAGUUAUUUUGUAUAUAGAGUGAUGUAUGAGAGAGUUGGGCAAUCAUCACGAUAACUAUAGGCUUUCAUAACGAAGAAUUAACAGAAGGUUGUAAUUGGCGCUAUUAAUGUAAAAUUUAUGAACUUGCUAUGAAAAG